AUGCCGGCUCUCUACUCGUCUGCUUCUACCCCGUCUCUGCGGUCGCACGAUGGACCGGUCAGAAUGGACGGGGGAGGCAAUGUUCGAGUCGUUGUCCGAGUGCGGGCGUUUCUGCCCAGAGAAAUCGAGCGUGGUGCCGAGUGCCUAGUGGAGAUGGACCCCAUCACACAGCAAACGACGCUUCUCGUGCCCAACGACAACGACCCUGCGAAUGCGAAAGCAAAGUCGAGAAAGAUUAUCGAGGAGAAGAACUUCACAUUCGACAACUCUUUCUGGAGUCAUGACCUCAGUGACAAGUAUUACGCCCACCAGGAAGACGUCUACAACAGUUUGGGCGAGGAGUUCCUCGACCACAACUUUGAGGGCUACCACACAUGCAUCUUUGCCUACGGUCAAACGGGUUCCGGAAAGAGUUAUACAAUGAUGGGUACGCCAGAUCAGCCGGGCUUGAUCCCUCGAACGUGCGAGGAUCUCUUCGAGCGAAUCGAGUCUGCGCAGAAUGAGACGCCCAACAUUUCCUACAACGUUCGGGUGUCAUACUUUGAGGUCUACAACGAGCACGUCCGCGAUCUGCUUGUUCCGGUUGUGGCUAACCAGCCGCCGUACUAUCUCAAAAUCAGGGAGUCGCCGACGGAGGGUCCAUACGUGAAGGAUCUGACCGAGGUGCCUGUCCGCAACCUCAACGAGAUCUUGCGAUACAUGACGAUGGGAGAUAGAUCGAGAACCGUGGCCAGCACCAGAAUGAACGACACAAGUAGUCGCAGUCACGCAGUAUUCACAAUCAUGCUCAAGCAAAUCCACCACGAUAUGGAAACGGACGAGACAACGGAGCGGAGCUCGCGUAUUCGGCUGGUCGAUCUGGCUGGCAGUGAACGUGCCAAGGCAACCGAGGCAACAGGCCAGCGGCUCCGCGAAGGCAGCAAUAUCAACAAGUCGCUAACGACCCUCGGCCGAGUGAUAGGAGCGCUCGCCGAUGCCAAGGCGGGUUCGAGGAAACGCAGCAAGGACGUCGUUCCGUACCGAGACUCGAUUCUCACGUGGCUGUUGAAGGACUCGUUGGGAGGCAACAGUAAAACGGCAAUGAUUGCUUGCAUCGCGCCGUCGGAUUACGAGGAGACUCUGUCGACGCUUCGCUACGCAGAUCAAGCCAAGCGCAUCCGUACGCGCGCGGUUGUCAACCAGGACCAGAUCUCGUCGGCGGAGCGCGAUGCCCAAAUCGCAGCCAUGGCGGACGAGAUUCGAGCCCUUCAGCUGUCUGUAUCGGAAUCGCGCCGGCGGGAGAAGGAUACCAAGGACCAGGAGGAGAAGCUCGAGGAGUACCAGAGCCACGUGGCCACGAUGCAGCGCAUGAUGGAAGAGCGCAGUCUCGUCGCCGAAGGCAAGAUCCGCAGCCUGCAAACGGAGAACGAGGCGCUGCGGCUUCAUCUCAAGCUCGCGCUCGAGAGCCUCAAGAACCCGAUCCCGGCCGUCACGAUUAAGCCGCCGGAGGCCGAGGAAGCGGAGACCGAGGCUCAGAGGGCCAAGUCGAAGAGUCCCGAGGGCAAGGAGAAUGGCGAGGAUGCCGAGUCAUUGUACGACGACUCGGACGACACGGCGUACGACUCGGACGUUAUGGAGGAUAAUGCCAGCGACAUGCAGGAGUACAUGCGCAGCCUGCUGAGCGAUCUAGGCAUGUUCCGGAGGAAGAUUGGAGACGACAAGGAGCGCUGGGUCGGCGAGGCGCCGCCUGCGGGCAGCAAGAUGAACUUCUAG